AUGGAGGCCACGACGCUUCGCCCAGCCAAGCAGCCGAGUCUGGAAGAACUCGAUCUCAUUAGCCUCCUCCCCGACGAGAUCCUGGGCACCAUCAUCUCCCUCCUCUACAUCGAGGAAGGCGCGCGCACUGCCAUCCUCUCCCGCCGCUGGCGCCACCUGUGGCGCUCCUCUCCGCUCAACCUCGACGAUGGCAGCCACCUCUGGUUUCUUCCCAAUGCCAGGCAAGUCGCAUCCAAGAUUCUCUCCGAGCACCAGGGCGACGGACGCUGCCUCAAGGUCCGUCACAUCUACGGCGCCGACUUCGAUGGCUGGAUCAAGUCCCCCGCCCUUGAUAAUCUCCAGGAGAUCGACCUCCGGAUCGGAUCGCUGCCUCCAUCGGUGCUCCGAUUCGCACCGACCCUUCGUGUGGCCGUCUUCUCCUGCUGCAGCUUCUUCCUCAAGGACACGCCCCGGACUUUCAGUUUCCCGCACCUCAAGGAACUCUCCUUGAGCUCGGUUGCCAUGCGGGAAGAAACACUCCACAGCGUUCUCUCCGGAUGCCCUGUCCUCGAGAGCCUGCUGAUUGACAAUUGCACUGGCCUCAGGCGCCUGGUGAUUAACUCGCAGACUCUCAGGAGCAUCGCCGUCUGUGACGAUGGCAUGGAUGAAAUAGUGAUCGAGGAUGCCCCUCGCCUGGAAAGAUUAAUCAGGUCUCUUCAGUUUGAGCCCACUCCAAUCAUCCGUGUAAUCAGGGCGCCCAAGCUGGAGAUCUUGGGUCCAUUGACGGAUGAUUUUGCUAAAUUUAAGCUUGAAACCACAGCUCCUGAGGAGAUGACUGAUGGCAACUUGAAUACGACGAUGCGCAGCGUGAAGGUUUUGCAUCUCAAUUCAGUUGGCCCUAAUCUUGGUGCAGUUGUUCGCUUCCUCAAACUCUUUCCUUGCUUGGAGAAGUUGUACAUCAUGUCAUGCCCCAAGAAGAAUUCUCGGAAGAAAACAAAAAAGAAUAGACAGCAUCCUGGCACCCAAGAUCCUAUCGAAUGCCUUGACCAUCUGAAAGAACUUGUGUUAAGGAUUUACAGGUUUGGCGACAAGCAGGAGGUUGACUUUGCCAAAUUCUUUGUUCUGAAUGCUGAAGUGCUAGAGCUGAUGACAUUUGCUGUCCAUUACAACAGACAUAAUGUUGAUCGGAAGCAACAGCACAAGCUCCUUAAGUUUGACAGUAGGGCUUCUCUAGGUGCUCGAGUAGACACCAUAGUUGAUUAUGAGCAUGAGAGAUUUGCUUGCAGAAAUAAUAGUCACAUUUUGUCCAUGGAUAACCCCUUCGGUAGCUCCUGCGAGUUCUGCGCACAAGGAUAUUGA